GACAGGUUUAGUGCUUGAUGUGAUUUAAACGCGUAAAGGUGUAAAAAGAGGUACUGCAUAAGCGGGAGAAGCAGAUUCGAUGCAAUGCACUUAAUUUGUUACGGCGGCCCUUUGUCAAAUUUCGUAUUCGAAUGAAGAUCGAAAGGAAACGGAGAGAUAGCGACAAAAGAAGAAAAACUCUCUUUCGUUUGAUCACCAUCACGAGAUAAACAACCUAUACUCUCCUUUCUACUUUCGAUCAACCUUAGCACAAUCGUGCUACCAUCUCCAUUUAAACACAAAUCUCGCCUAACAAAAAUCACACUGACGGCCUCGCAUUGAGUGUGCGUUGUGCCUGAAGUUGAACGCCGACCGAUUGAGCAGGAUCUCAAUCAUAGAAAAGCACCUUUUCUUCUUACAAACGCUUUGACACCAUGUCGCAGACUGGCGGAGGGAACGAUAUCCCCUCGCAAAUUGCAACCGCUCUUCAAGACAGCUCCAAAGCAGAUGUGGAGAAAGUAGGAAUCGCAUUGGGCGUCUUUGUUGCAGCUUCAUUAGCAACUAUUAUAGGCUUUGAAAUCUUACGAGCAAACAAUAAGAUCGUUUAUGAACCAAAACGAAAAUAUGCAGAAGUUGGAGGGCCGGCUCCUCCUCCGCUUUCGUAUUCUUUCUUUGGUUGGAUGGCACCCACUUGGCGAUAUUCGGAAGAUGAUUUAUUGAACAAUGCCGGUAUGGACGCUGUCGUCUUUUUACGAUUUAUUCGGCUAUGUUGUUGGAUUUGUACCGCUUUGGCUGUCAUCUUGGGUGCGACACUCAUCCCAGUCGAUUUGAUAUACAAUUUGAAAGUUAAAUCUGGCUCUCAAGAUUACACUUCCUCAGGUACCGCACUUUCGGUUAUUACGCUGGCAGAGAUGAAUGGUAAUUUCUUGUACGCUCACGUUAUCAUGAGCUAUGUAGCAGUGAUUGUAACCUUGUUCUUCGUCUUUAGAUGGUACAAGAGUAUGGUCGUCCUGCGAUGGAAGUACUUCCGUUCAGAAGCUUAUCAAAGCAGUUUUGCCGCUCGUACGCUCAUGCUUACCAACGUUCCACGUCAAUUGCAAUCCGAUGCUGCAAUUUCCGGUUUGCUUUCUAGUAUUGGUCUUCCUUAUCCUACAACGGAGGUGCAUAUCGGUCGUGUUGUGGGUUCAUUGCCCGAGUUGAUCGAGAAGCAUGAUGAAAUGGUUCGCAAGCUUGAACAUGUGUUGGCCAAAUAUCUCAAAGAUCCAAACAAUGUCCCUUCAAAGCGACCUAUGAUACGUACGUCCAAAAUGGGAAGCGAAAAGGUUGAUGCGAUUGAUUACUAUACUGCUCAAAUCAAUAAGUUGGAAGCAGCCGUAGAGAAUUGGCGGGAACGUAUUGCGGAGAAGAAGCCGGAAUCGUACGGAUUCGCAUCAAUGGCAGCCGUGCCUUACGCUCAUGCUGCAGCCAAAUCCCUUAAAAAUAAGAGACCAAACGGAGUGGAGAUCGAAUUGUCCUCUGAGCCUCGUAAUAUCUUGUGGAAGAAUUUGACGCUCACCAAAACUCAACGUUUCCGAUUGAGUUCGACUGGUUUCAUUUAUUUGACAAUUCUGUUGUUCGUCAACGCCGUUCCACUGCUUGCCGUUGCAUUGAUUGCACAAAUGAGUUCAUUUACCGGCUACCUACCAUUCUUACGUUCUUGGCAAGAUUCAAGCGGCUGGUCGUUCAGUUUAGUAGCCGGUUUGCUACCUCCAGCCAUUUCAGGUGUGAUGGGUUACUUUUUGCCGAUUUUGAUGCGUAAGAUUGCCAAAUAUCGCGGUGAACAAACGAGAACAAAGUUGGACAAAGUCGUCACUGGACAAUUUUUUGGAUUCUUGAUUAUCUCUCAAUUCAUCUUUUUCUCCUUGAUCGGUGUCUUUAUCACAUCGAUCGCUACAGUCGUGGGAGAGAUUGUCAAACACAGCAGUGGAAGCGAAAUAUUCGACACUUUACGUGAUCAGACGGAUGUGAUCAAGAAGCAAUUCUUGAACAUGAGUAAUUAUUGGCUAACAUGGUUGCCAUUGCGAAUGUGGAUGUCUACCUUUGAUCUUGCUCAGGGUAUCAAAUUGGUUCUGGUGUGGAUCCAAAAGGGACUCUUCGGGAGAACGCCAAGAGAUGUGCGGGAAUACACCAAGCCACCAUCGUUUGAAUAUGCAAUUUAUUAUGCAAACUUCUUGUUCUUGUUUGCCGUCGGUGCCAUUUAUGGAGUUUUGGCUCCCUUGGUGAUGAUCUUCACUGCAGUCGUAUUUUGGGUUUCCUUGGCUUGUUACAAGUAUCAAUUCAUGUACGUUUCCGUUUCCAAGGUCGAAUCGGGUGGUGCGCUAUGGCGUUUGAUUGUCAACCGACUUUUGAUCGUUUUGGUGUUGAUGCAAGUGAUUUUGAUGUUUGUUGUUGCUUUGGAUCCGGCAGAUUUGGUCAACAGAAUUGUAAAGGUCGCUCUUUGCGCUCCUCCAAUCGUUUUAGUCCUUGCAUUCAAGGUCUAUUGCCGUAAUCGCUUUGACAACAUGUACGAUUGGUACAUCCCUGAUCCAUCCGAGAUGGCCAAAACCCACGUCCAUCAAGGCGAUCAGCGCCAUCAUCGUUUGCAACGUCGCUUCGGUCAUCCUAGCUUGCACCAGAAGUUGUUCACGCCUUUGGUACACGCCCGUGUCAAGCAUUUGUUGCCGCAAGUCUAUCAUGGACGACUGGAGCAUUCUGGUAUGGUAGAUGUUGCAGGCCGCAAAUUGGAAGCAGAAGAAGUCGUCGGAGGAUUGAAGAUUGCAGCCGUUGAAGACGAUCAAUUGGAGUAUGAUCCAAAGAUGGACAGUGACGGACAAAGUAUGAUCAGUAUCUCAACGAUGACUUCCCGCUUCCCGCAACGAAAAGGUACAGGUGAUACACAGUUCCAGAGUCAAUAUCAAGCUUAUUUGGCAGGUGCAGGUCCCGUUUCACGUACCGAUUUACAAGAUACUUAUGAGAUGAGCGAUAUGCGUGAUAGUCAAGAAAAUUUGCUGGAAAAGAGAGGCAAUGUUGCUAUGGGACCCAUGUCGCAUAGUCGCAAACAGUCUGGCAACACACUUUACUCGUAUGGAACACCUUAUGCUACUCCUCAAGCCACACCAGGUCUAGAGUAUCCUCCUGGAGACAUUGCUUCACAGCCGAUGUAUCACUCUAAUGGCAGCAAUAUCAGUUUGACAGGAAAUGGAGGUUAUUUCCAAGGAGGUCGACAAAGCCCUGCGAAUAUGUACAGCAACUAUAAUGGUGGCUCACAAAUGUAUCAACAAAGGUCUAAUGGUUCUUUUGGUGGCAUGCAGCCAAACAGAACUGCAUCACCAGCACAAAUGUCCUCUUCACCGCAAAUGGGACCUGUUCGCACAACACCUUCGCCAAUGAAUCAAAUGAACGGCGGCCAAAGAAGGCAAGGAUCGGCUGGCUCUGCACAUAUGUUGAAUCAGCAAGGAUAUCCUGCUCAGCCUCCUUACUAUAAUGCAGCGGAAAUGUACUCUUCUCAACCGGCCCCUCCGACUGCACAAGCGCAAUACUACAAUCCUUAUGGUCCUUCUCCCCAACAAUCGCCUCAAAAUCGGGGCCCGAAUGGAGGCGGUAAUCCGCAUCAAUCACCUCAACCUGGUCGGGGUCCAAGUGGUGGCGGUAAUAAUUGGAACGGAUAUAAUAAUUACGGAGGUGGUCGAUGAAGUUGAUGGACAAUUCCUUCUUAUUUGCUUCUGUGUUGCUGUUGUCCCUCUCUCUCUCUUUCUCUCUGGUUCCUCGCAUGGUAUUCUCUCCUCUCUUUUUUUUCGCACAUACGAUUCUCAUUUAGAAACACACUGUAUCACAAUCAAUGACAUGAAUUCGAUCGCAUCGGAAGUUGA